UCCAUUCACACACGCCAGAAAAAAAAGUGCAAACCCAGAGCAGUGGAGGUGAGCUUGAUAAGAGCUGGAGACCCAAAGAAGAGUCAAAAGAGGAGAUUCAGAACCAUAGAACUCAUCUAUAAAUUCAGAAAGAUGCUCUGUCCUUCCUGGCUUUUGGCUGCAGCAGUCUUGUGUUUUCACAGUCCAUAUGUAGACGGCCGCUGCUUGGAUUUGAUAGACUGCAUGGGCCUUAAAACUAAUGAACAAAAAUGGCAGUGUAUCAGGCAGUGCAGAUCUUCCAAUUACGGGAGAGUUUCUUCAUCUGAACAGCAGAACCGUGAAGAGGAGCUUGAGGAAGAGAGCCUGAGUUUGGGUUUGCUCUUAUCAGCUCUGUCUCCUGAUUCAACCGAGCUCCGAGAUGCCACUGGAGAAGCCCCUCACAACGACGAGAGGAGGUCUUACUCCAUGGAGCACUUCCGCUGGGGCAAACCCAUGGGCCGCAAACGCCGACCCGUCAAAGUCUUCACCAGCAGCGCUCUGGAGGAGGAGCCCGAGGAGUCGGCGGAAAGCGUCCGUGUGGAGCGAGGGCAGAGCAGCACGCUGGACGUUCAGCAGAGGAACAAUGCCAAGAGCAACGGGAAGUAUCGCAUGACUCAUUUCCGCUGGAACGCCCCACCUGACAAGCGCUAUGGAGGCUUCAUGAGGCCGUAUUCGGAUCAAUCCCAUAAGCCCCUGCUCAAGCUCAUACGAAAUGCCAUUGUUAAAGACGCGCAGCAGUUCAGAGAUUAAGAGAGAAGAGAAUGGACAGAAUGUUUGGUGUCAAAACAUUUAAAUGUGUAACAUGCAACCUUAAUUUAAAAAAACAAAACAAAACAUGCUGAACCAAAAAGACUGUCCAAUGUAGAAAAAAAAAGGAAAAAGAAACAAACUAGCCAAAUCACUUAUAUAUUAAAGUCAGGGGAUAUCACAUGACUACGAAAGGCCCAUUACUUAACAUUUACAAUUCAUUUACAUGCUCGACACCAUAACUAUCACCUCUGGGAUUUAAAAAGUAAGCAUAUUCAGAAAUGCCAGCUGAGAUAGUUUUACUGUAAUAUACUGUACAUGAAAUACAUUAAAAUGAAUUUGCAAUGUUGCCAGCUGUGGAUUUCUGUGUUUGGAUGGUGAGUUUAUCCUCGAGUCCAACAACUGCCAGUUUGUGGACUGAUCUGGACUGAUUCAUGUUGGAGGCAGAUAGAAGUUCACACAAAAGUGAAAAUUCUGUCAUUAUUUAAUUUCCAAACCUGCAGUUUCUUUUUAUCGGCUGAACACGAACAAAGAUAUUUUAAAUAAUGUUGGUAACCAAACAGUUGAUGUUAACCAUUGUCUUCAAUAGAAUUUUUUUUAUACUAUAUAUACAUGAUAUCAUCAUGGCUACCGUCAACUGUUUGGUUACCAACAUUCCUCAAAAUAUCUUCUUUUAACAGAAGAAAGAAACUCGUCUAUAAUUUUUAC